CGGGCGCCUCUCUGCCCGCUCCCGCUGCCUCCCUCACACAAAAUGGCCAAGGGCUCGCAGCUUUCGCAGCUCAAAUCGGCCCUUUCUCAGGCUGGCAUCACCGGGAAGCCUCAAAACAACAACAAGCGCAAGCGGUCUGGCAGCACCAGCGAGCGCGACAAGGAGAAGAAGGCUGCAAAACUUCAGGAGAUUCACCAGAAGCUGAAUCCCUUCGAUGUCAAGGUCACGAAGCUUAAGCACGAUGUGGGGGGCCGGAAGCUCAAGGGUGUGACGGGAAAGCCCGCGCAGAGUAGGCAGGCUGGGAUUGAGCAGCGGAAGAAAACCCUGCUGAAGGAGUACGAGGAGAGGAACCAUGCUGGAGGAAUUCUCGAUCGUCGUUUCGGUGAAAAUGACCCUACGAUGACUCCGGAGGAGCGUAUGCUUGAGCGAUUCACGCGCGAGCGACAGCGCGCCGCGAAGGGAUCUGCGUUCAACCUUGAUGACGAGGACGAGUUGACCCACUACGGCCAAAGUCUGUCGAAACUCGAUGACUUUGACGCGACUGGUAUGCAGCUGGACGAUGAUGAUGACGAAGAGGAAGGGGGACGAGGCCAGAUCGACCGCGACAUCGUUAAGAAAGCACACUUCGGUGGCUUCGACGACGACGAGGGCAGUGAUGAGGACGAAGACGGCGAGCCCGCGCGGAAGAAGUCCAAGGCCGAAGUCAUGGCAGAGGUCAUCGCGAAGAGUAAGAUGCACAAGGCUAUGCGUCAAAAUGAGAAGGAAGCGAUGGAGGACAUCCGACACGAGCUCGACCAGGGCUUCGACGAGCUGCGUGGCCUGCUCUUCGCCGUCGAUCCGUCCGUCGCAAAGCCUCCCGCUCCUUCCACAGAAGAAGACGCUCCCAAAGCAGAUGACGCCGCCCCCAGCCUCGCCGACCCCGCCGCCGCCCUCGUUGACAACGACCCCGACUAUGACCGCCGCGUGCGCGAGCUCGCCUUCGACAAGCGCGCGAAGGCGAAAGACCGCACCAAGACCGAGGAGGAGCUCGCGCUCGAGGAGAAGGAGGCGCUGGAGAAGGCGGAGCGCAGGCGGCAGAAGCGCAUGAUGGGGCUGGAGGAGAGCGUUAGCGAGGAUGAGGGGGGUGGGAAGGGGAAGAAGAGGAAGAGGGGCGGGGAUGAUUUGGAGGAUGACUUCGAUUAUGAGGGGGAUUCGUGGGGUGGGAUUGGGGCGGGGUUGGGUGGGGAGGAUGAGGAGGAGGGAGAUGGGGCGGCCUUGGAGGACGAUGAUGAGGAUGAAGAAGGUGAUGAGGGAGAGGGCAGCGAUGAGGAAGACGUAGGUGAUGAGAGCGAGGAAGAGGACGGCGAGUCUGACAGCGACGCCUAUGAAGAGGUGGAAGAGGGCGACCACGAAGCCCUUGUCACCUCCAAAAAAGCAACGCCAAAGAAGAAGAAAGCGCCUCCAGGGAGCGAGCUUCCCUUCACCUUCCCUUGUCCGUCGUCCCAUGACGAGUUCCUCGAAAUCGUCGACGGCAUCGCGGACAAGGAUGUUCCGACUGUCGUACAGCGUAUACGGACGUUGUACCACCCAAGCCUUGGCGUUGGCAACAAGGCGAAGCUGCAGGUCCUGACGAACGUCCUCAUCGACCACGCACUCUAUGUCACCGCUCCCCCACAUCCCAAUUACACCCUCCUCAACUCCGUUCUGCCGCACCUCUGCUCUCUCAUCAAGGCCUUCCCUACCUCAUCCGCCUCCUACUUCGUCGAGAAGCUCGUUCUCAUGGACAAGAACCUCCGACGCGGCCUCUCCAACCCCCUCGACCCCAACGCGAAGACGUGGCCCGGCACCUCCGAGCUCUCCUUGCUUCGCAUUCUCGGCGCCGUCUGGUCGACAAGUGACUUGCACCAUGUCGUCGUCUCCCCCGCACGCCUGCUCAUGGGUUCAUACCUCGGCCUCGCGCGCGUCCGGUCGCUGUCCGACAUUGCUAGCGGGCUCUUCCUGUGCACCCUGUUCUACCAGUUCGAGGAAGUGUCAAAACGUCUCGUUCCGGAAGCCAUUAACUUCCUGGCGAGCACGAUCGUGCACCUGUCGCCGAACGAGUACAAGGACGUCAAGUCGUUGCCGGGCAACUUUCCUACAGCCGACUUCCACUCGGAGCUGACGGCGCUGCUGCGGAUUAAGGAGAAGACGGCCAAGAAGAUAGAGCCGAGCGAGCGCGUCAACCUGGCGCAGCUGCUGUCGACGGGGUCGCCGACGGUGCAGGACAAGGUUGAUCACCUUACGACGGCGAUUGAGCUGUUAAGGAGAUUUGCGGUGCUGUACAAGGGUCUCGAUGCCUUCGUUGAGCUGUAUCAGCCGAUGCUGGAGCUUGUUGAGAACAUCGAUGCGCAAAGAUUGUCAAGCGGACUUCAGACCAAGAUCACCACAUUCAGGGACGAAGUCCGUCGUCUUCUCAAGUUCGCACGCGAAGCUCGCAAGCCCCUCCUCUUGCAAGCCCAUAAACCUAUCCCGCUCGCCACCUUCGUGCCCAAAUUCGAGUCCACGUCAUCCUCCUUCCUCAAGCACUCCGACCCGGACAAGGAGCGCAAGGAAGCCGCGAAGCUGCGCGCGCAGUACAAGCAAGAGCGCAAGGGUGCGAUUCGCGAACUGCGGAAGGACGCGCGCUUCCUCGCCGGGGUGCAGCAGGAGAAGCAGAAGGCGAAGGACAAUGCGUACAAGGACAGCAUGAACCGCGUGUUCGGGUCGCUCGAGAGCGAGCGGGCGGAGCAGAAGAGGAUGGACCGCGAGAAACAGAAGGUCGAGAAGAGGGCGGGGAAGAAGUAG